GGUCCACCGUCUACGUCUUCCCAAUCCAACCAGUCCACAAUCCGCCCGCCCCUAAGGUAAGAUUGGGUGGCAUUUUGACUUGCAAAAGACUCACAGAGCUGUCACUCUUUAGCCAUCAUCAUCAGUCUUCCGUCCAAUGCCCGUAAACCUCACCGUCAUCCAGACAAAAACAGUUGACAUUUAUGAGCUCAAAUUUUACACACUCCAAAAUCAAUACGCAGAAAAGACCGAAUCGUUUUAAAGUCUUUCACCCAACCAAAUCCCAUCCCUUUCCAUUUUGAUUCUAUUUUUUUUUCCUUUUUAAAAAAUUACUGUAGAAUAUCAAACCCGCGAGAACUUAGAUCUAAGCUGACAUCCAUCCCUUUCUAGGGUUUUUCUUCCAAGAAAAUUCUUGUUUGAGCUGAGCUUCAGAAGACUGUUAAGGAAGUUUAAUUGGUUCCAAACAAGGUUCUUUUGUUGUCAGUUGUAUUUGUAGGGUUGGAAAUUUCUAGUGAGUUGGGUUUGUUUUUAUAUUUCGCUUUCCUCCAGCUCAAGUGGGAUUUUCUUGUUUUCUUUAGUUUUCUUCAAAGUGGGUUGUUAAAUCUAGUUUAACCCGGCAUUGUAUGGAACAGUAAUUGGUGACGAGAACUGGGAGCUGAGAAUUUAAAGGUUUGUUGGUUUUGAUUUGGGAAAGUGAUGUUUUGAGGGAUGGCACUUAAGCUGUCAUCUCCAGAGGCUGCAAAGGUUGCGAUUCAAUCAAUUGGGCGUGGAUAUGAUGUCUCCUUGGAUCUUAGACUCAAGUACUGUAAAGGGGAUUCCCAUUUGAUUGUAAUCGAUGAAACUCAAGGUCGAGAUGUUGUGCUCCCAGGUGGAAUAAUGAUACCUGAUGUGCCCAAAUCCAUCAAAUGUGAUAAGGGGGAACGAAUUCGAUUUAGCUCUGAUGUUCUGCCUUUUCAGCAAAUGUCAGAACAAUUUAACCAGGACUUGUCAUUGACUGGGAAAAUCCCUUCUGGACUCUUCAAUUCCAUGUUCGAGUUUUCUGGUUGCUGGCAGAAAGAUGCGGCCUACACCAAAACUCUUGCUUUUGAUGGAGUCUUUAUUACACUUUAUACAGUUGCUCUGGAAAAGUCUCAGUGGGCGCUGUCUGAUUCUGUGAAGCAAGAAGUUCCGUCAUCAUGGGAUCCUGCUGCAUUGGCAAGGUGCAGCUCACUUGUUUUUCUGUUCCCUUUUAUGGUUGGGAAGUAGUGGUUUCAUAGUCCAGUCAAUCUUUGAAGCUUGGUUUUCCUUAAAUCUAUCUUGAUCAAGCUAAACGCUCUUAUCAUGCUCACGCCUCUAUUUAUGUGCCUAGGUUUAUUGAAAAAUUUGGCACCCAUAUUAUUGUGGGGCUGAAGAUGGGUGGAAAAGAUGUUGUGUUCAUGAAACAGCAGCAUUCUUCAUCCCUUGAACCUGCUGAUGUGCAAAAGAGAUUAAAGGCAAUAGCAGAUAAAAGGUUUAUGGACGCAAUUGGACCUCAUGGGAUGGAUUCUGAUCGAGCACACCUCAAUGAGAAGGCUGAGGCCAGGGAAACACGGUUGAGGUUCGUUGAUACAGGAACAUCAAGUUCCUACUCUCACAAGGAGGACAUGGUUAGUUUUUGCAAAAGAAGAGGAGGAAGUGACAAGAGAAGCUUAAGCCAUAAUGAGUGGUUACAAACUGUGCAGUCAGAGCCUGAUGUGAUAUCAAUGUCAUUCAUUCCGAUAACAUCACUUUUAAAUGGCGUAUCGGGAAGUGGGUUUUUGAGCCAUGCCAUAAAUUUAUACUUGCGCUAUAAACCACCUAUUGAAGAACUUCAUCAAUUUUUGGAAUUUCAGUUACCCAGGCAGUGGGCUCCUGUGUUCAGUGACCUUCCCCUUGGUCCUCAAAGGAGGCAGCAAAGUACAGCUUCCUUGCAAUUUAGUCUAAUGGGCCCCAGACUUUAUGUGAACACUGCUCCGGUUGAUGUUGGCAAAAGGCCUGUCACUGGUCUGCGGUUGUAUCUUGAAGGUAAAAGAAGCAAUCGUUUGGCCAUACACCUGCAACACCUCUCUUCUCUUCCCAAAAUUUUCCAACUUGUGGAUGAUCCUAAUGGAAAUUUCGAACAAGAGUCCUAUGAUCGCAAGUAUUUUGAGAAAGUUCAAUGGAAGAACUUCUCCCAUGUAUGUACUGCUCCAGUUGAAUCUGAAGAGGAUCUCUCGAUUGUUACUGGAGCACAGUUACAAGUUGGUGAUUAUGGUUUCAAAAACAUUUUGUUCUUACGACUUCGAUUCUCAACUGUUACGGGGGCUACUGUUGUCAAGCAUCCAGAAUGGGAUGGUUCGCCAGGAUUAGCCCGCAAAUCUGGGCUUCUGUCAACUCUGAUUAGUCAGCGGUUUACUUCUGUUCAGAAACCACCCCCGCAGCCGGCUGAUGUGAACAUAAACUCUGCGGUUUAUCCAGGAGGCCCCCCUGUUCCAGUACAAGCACCUAGACUACUCAAGUUUGUUGACACAGCUGAGAUGACUAGAGGGCCACAAGAAACUCCUGGUUACUGGGUUGUUUCAGGUGCCAGGCUGAUGGUUGAGAAGGGUAGAAUCUCGCUGAGGGUGAAGUAUUCUUUAUUGACUGUCAUACAACCCGAUGAUGAUUUCGUUGAAUGAGGUUUGUUUAGUUCACUUACCUCAUCUGAAGAGUAAAACCAGAGGCAAUGUACAUCAAACCUACGAUGAAAGGGUUAUGCUCAAGGCAUGACACUUUUUGAAAGCUUUGCAAAGAAGCAAGGUGAUCCAUAAUUAGGGUUGCCGGCUGCGGCAUAGCAGAUUUUGAAGCUGAAAUUGCUGUUGUAUAGUGUAAUUGAUUGGAUGUAUGAGUUGAGUAAUGUUUUGAUCCCUGCAAUUGAUAUGCGCAAGAAAUUAAGGAUUUGUAAAAUUCAACUGUGAGUUGUUGGUAUUUGGUGGUGUGGAGUGGAGUUUAAUCUGUUUGGCAACCAACAUAAGGGUUAAGUGCUUCCCUGAAUCUCAAAUGGACUGGUAUACCACUCAGGCACCCACUCCCAAGUGCAGCCAUUCCAGUAAUAAUAGUAAUAAAAAUAAAUGAAGUGAAAGCCCUACGAAGUAAGCCUCAACAAUAUCUUAGCCUGAAGUGGUUUAUUUUGAAGGAUGCAACCAAUUCAGCAAGGUAAAUUUGGAGGUCUAAAAGUGGUAAUAUCAAAGCAUCCAUACUAAAGAUUAGUUUUUUUUUUUUUUUUUUUUUUUU